CUGAGCCCUAGAAAGUAUCAGAUUCUUCCUUUGUUUCGAAUUGCAUUGUGAUCCAUCAUGAAAAUUGCCAUUGCCUGUCUUAUUGCGAGCUUCUUGCUCUUGAGUUUCGUCGACUUCUCAGAGGGAACAUCUCCGGAGGAGGACUGUGGUUGUACAAAGUCAACCACCAGAGCCCCACCAACCACAUGCAGGACAACCAGACCCCCACCAACCACUUGCAGGACAACCAGACCUCCGACAACCAGACCCCCUCCAACCACUCGUAGAACUACCCGCAGAACCACCCGCAGAACUACUCGCAGGACGACUCGCAGGACCACUCGCAGAACUACUCGCAGGACGACUCGCAGGACGACUCGCAGGACCACUCGCAGGACCACAACUCGUAGACCAAGACCAACAACCCGCAGACCAAGACCAACCAGACCAUGGAGGCCAUGUGAGCCAUGUGGUCCUGCUGGCAAGGCCUGUCCUGGUUGUCCUGAGCAAGGAGAACUCUGCAAGGAUCUCUUGGCUCAACUGCAAGCCAUUGAGAACAAGAUCAGAGUUUGCGUCUGUGGCCAGAGCCGCUGGUUGGUAUAAGAUGAACAUGGAAGCAGUAUUUUCACCUAUAGCUUUUUUACUAAUGUAUAUUGAUUGAUCCAUUUAAAUGUUUUUUUUUUCUAAU